CCCCGGGGCCGGGCAUGGAGGAGGAGGAGGACGAGGGCAGCGUACUGGACUCCCUGUGCGGCCUGCUGCAGCAGAAGGACGUGGGGGCCCGGCUGCAGGCGGGCCACCACCUGCUGCGCUACCUGGCCGACCCGGCCCGCUCGGCCCGGCUGGAGGAGGACCAGGCCCGCCUCCAUCACACCGUCCACCAAGUCGUCGGAUGGCUCGGGGCCAGCAACUACAAGGUGGCCUUACUUGGAUUAGAUGUUCUAAGUGCCUUUUUAGACAGACUAUCAACGCGAUUUAAAUCAUAUAUAGCAACGGUUCUUCUAGCUUUGAUUGAUCGAAUGGGAGAUGCCAAAGAUCAAGUUCGAGAACAAUCCCAGAAUUUGAUAUUGAAGUUAAUGGACCAAGCAGCCCCACCAAUGUUCAUUUGGGAGCAGCUGGCCGUCGGUUUUAAACACAAGAAUUACCGAUCGCGAGAAGGCGUGUGUUUGUGUCUGAUCGCAACUUUAAACACCUAUGGUGCCCAACCAUUAAUCCUCAGCAAGUUGGUCCCACAUUUGUGCGUCUUAUUUGGAGAUUCCAACAGUCAGGUGAGAGAUGCAGCAAUAUCGGCUAUCGUGGAAAUUUAUAGACAUGUAGGAGAGAAAGUUCGGAUCGAUCUCAACAAAAGAGGAAUCCCCCCUACCAGGCUGCAGACAAUAUUUGGCAAAUUUGAUGAAGUCAGAAACUCAGGCAGUAUGAUUUUAAGCAUCAGUAACGAUAAAAGCUUUGACGAUGAGGAGUCCGUGGACGGGAACAAGCCGCCUUCAGCCGCUUCGGCCUUCAAGGUCCCCGCUCCGAAAAAGCCCGGAAACCCGGUCAACAGCGCCAGGAAGCCCGGUUCAGUGGGAGGACCGAAGGUCGGAGGUGCGUCCAAGGAAGGAGGCGCUGGCGCUGUUGAUGAAGAUGAUUUUAUAAAGGCAUUUACAGAUGUCCCUUCUGUACAGAUCUAUUCCAGUCGAGAGCUUGAAGAAACUUUAAAUAAAAUCAGGGAAAUUUUGUCUGAUGACAAACACGAUUGGGAUCAACGCGCAAAUGCACUCAAGAAAGUUCGAUCCUUGCUCGUUGCAGGAGCCGCACAGUAUGACUGCUUUUUCCAGCACUUGCGAUUGCUGGAUGGGGCGUUUAAACUUUCAGCUAAGGAUCUCCGCUCCCAGGUGGUUAGGGAGGCGUGCAUCACUGUGGCCCACCUCUCAACCGUUUUGGGAAACAAGUUUGACCAUGGCGCCGAAGCCAUCGUGCCUACGCUUUUUAAUCUGGUCCCCAACAGCGCGAAAGUCAUGGCAACUUCCGGAUGCGCCGCGAUCAGAUUCAUCAUCCGUCAUACCCACGUUCCUAGACUCAUACCCUUAAUAACAAGCAACUGCACCUCAAAAUCAGUGGCUGUGAGGAGACGCUCGUUUGAAUUUUUAGAUCUACUGCUUCAAGAGUGGCAGACUCAUUCAUUGGAAAGGCACGCAGCUGUUUUGGUGGAAACUAUUAAGAAGGGUAUUCACGACGCGGAUGCCGAGGCCAGAGUUGAGGCAAGAAAGACUUACAUGGGCCUGAGAAACCACUUUCCGGGGGAAGCCGAGACGCUGUACAAUUCCCUGGAACCGUCCUAUCAAAGGAGCCUUCAGACUUAUCUAAAAAAUUCCGGCAGCGUAACAUCUCUUCCCCAGUCAGACAGAUCGUCAUCAAGCUCACAAGAGAGUCUCAACCGUCCUUUCUCCUCUAAAUGGUCCACAGCCAGCCCCUCUAUGGCAGGAAGAGUGUCCACGGGUUUCAAAGCACCUCCAACUCCCGGAAGUCUGCAGAGGUCCCGGAGUGACAUCGACGUCAAUGCUGCUGCAGGAGCGAAGGCCCGCCAUGCUGCUGGUCAGCCAACUGGAAGUGGGCGCUUGGGUGCAGCUGGUCUACCUCCCGGCUCCUACGCCUCUCUAGAGGAUACUUCUGACAAGAUGGAUGGCACAGCUUCUGAGGAUGGUCGGGUGCGAACGAAGCUUUCGACGCCCCUUGGUGGUAUGGGGAACUCCAAGACUGAUUCCCGAGGACGCAGUCGAACGAAAAUGGUCUCCCAGUCUCAGCGUUCUGCAUCACCUGACAAAAAUGAAGGAUCACAGUCUGCUAACCCCAUUGGUGCUGGCAGUCGAUCCGGAUCUCCGGGAAGAGUCUUGACGACCACCGCGCUCUCCACCAUGAGCUCUGGGGUGCAGAGGGUGUUGGUUAAUCCCGCAGCAGCACAAAAACGAAGCAAAAUACCACGGAGCCAGGGCUGUAGUCGAGAAGCCAGCCCUUCACGACUGUCAGUAGCCCGAGGCAGCCGAAUCCCUCGCCCUAGUGUGAGUCAGGGGUGCAGCCGGGAGGCCAGCCGCGAAAGCAGCAGGGACACGAGCCCUGUCCGCUCUUUCCAACCCCUCGCUUCCAGACAUCACUCCCGAUCCACCGGUGCCCUCUACACCCCAGAUGUUUAUGGGGCUACAGGUUCCGGCUACGGGAUCAGCCAGUCCAGCAGACUGUCGUCGUCCGUCAGCGCUAUGCGAGUCCUCAAUACGGGAUCGGAUGUGGAAGAAGCAGUAGCAGAUGCACUGCUCUUAGGAGACAUACGGACUAAGAAAAAGCCCGCCCGAAGAAGGUACGAGUCGUACGGGAUGUAUUCGGACGACGACGCCAACAGCGACGCCUCCAGCGCCUGUUCGGAGCGCUCCUACAGCUCCCGCAACGGCAGCAUCCCCACCUACAUGCGCCAGACGGAAGACGUGGCGGAGGUCCUCAAUCGCUGCGCCAGCUCCAACUGGUCAGAGAGGAAAGAAGGCCUGCUGGGCCUACAGAGUUUACUGAAAAACCAGAGGACAUUAAGUCGUGUCGAAUUGAAAAGAUUAUGCGAAAUUUUCACAAGGAUGUUUGCUGACCCUCACAGUAAGAGAGUAUUCAGUAUGUUUUUAGAAACUCUGGUGGACUUUAUCCAAGUGCAUAAAGAUGAUCUACAAGAUUGGCUGUUCGUAUUGCUGACGCAGCUGCUGAAGAAAAUGGGGGCCGAUUUGCUUGGAUCUGUGCAGGCCAAAGUUCAGAAAGCCCUCGAUAUUACAAGAGAGUCCUUCCCAAACGACCUUCAGUUCAAUAUUCUCAUGCGAUUUACUGUCGAUCAGACCCAGACACCAAGUUUGAAGACAGCCAAGCCAGCACUUCAGGACCAACUUCGCUCUUUUUGGAGCUCCAAGGUGAAAGUUGCCAUCCUGAAGUACAUAGAAACUCUAGCCCAGCAGAUGGAUCCAGGGGAUUUUGUAAAUUCAAGUGAAACUCGCCUGGCAGUGUCCCGGAUCAUCACGUGGACGACAGAACCGAAGAGUUCCGAUGUCAGGAAGGCUGCGCAGUCAGUCCUGAUCUCUCUGUUUGAACUCAAUACACCGGAGUUUACCAUGUUACUAGGAGCUCUACCAAAAACUUUUCAGGAUGGUGCUACCAAGCUUCUACACAAUCACCUUCGGAAUACAGGCAACGGAAGCCAGGGUUCAGUGGGGAGUCCUUUAACAAGACCUACUUCACGGUCACCAGCAAAUUGGUCCAGUCCUCUCACGUCUCCAACCAAUACUUCCCAGAACACAUUGUCUCCCAGUGCGUUCGACUAUGACACGGAAAACAUGAAUUCUGAAGAUAUAUAUAGCUCUCUCCGAGGGGUGACAGAAGCAAUCCAGAAUUUUAGCUUCCGGAGUCAAGAAGAUAUGAACGAGCCGUUGAAAAGGGACUCCAAGAAAGAUGGGGAUGGAGACUCGACCUGCAGUGGUUCUGGAUUGCUCGAUCCCCGAGCAGCAGGUGAUACUGUGGAUUCCGGCCGAACGGCGCUCGACAAUAAAACCUCAUUGCUCAACACGAUGCCCGCCCACUCGUCUCCCCGGUCCCGGGAUUAUAACCCCUACAAUUACUCCGAUAACAUCAGUUCCUUCAACAAAUCCGCCUUGAAGGAAGCCAUGUUUGACGACGACGCAGAGCAGUUUCCCGAUGACCUCUCCCUGGACCAUUCGGACCUGGUUGCCGAACUGCUGAAAGAAUUGUCUAACCACAAUGAGCGCGUGGAAGAAAGAAAGGCCGCCCUGUUUGAGCUUAUGAAAUUGACCCAAGAAGAGGCUUUUGGGGUCUGGGAUGAGCACUUCAAAACCAUUCUGCUGCUGUUGCUCGAAACCCUUGGGGACAAAGAGCAUGCAAUUAGAGCCUUGGCCUUGAAAGUCCUAAGAGAAAUCUUAAGGAACCAGCCGGCGAGGUUUAAAAAUUACGCAGAGCUGACGAUUAUGAAGACCCUGGAAGCCCACAAGGAUCCUCAUAAAGAAGUGGUGAGAUCGGCCGAAGAAGCGGCCUCGAUGUUAGCCACCUCCAUCAGCCCCGACCAGUGCAUCAAAGUGCUCUGCCCCAUCAUCCAAACUGCCGACUACCCCAUCAACCUGGCUGCCAUCAAAAUGCAGACCAAAGUGAUCGAGAGGGUGUCCAAGGAAACGCUGACGCAGCUCUUGCCCGAGAUCGUGCCCGGGCUAAUCCAGGGCUAUGACAAUUCCGAGAGCAGUGUCCGGAAAGCCUGCGUCUUCUGCCUUGUUGCCAUCCACGCGGUAAUCGGGGAAGAUCUGAAACCACAUCUCAGCCAACUCACCGGGAGCAAAAUGAAAUUACUGAACCUGUACAUCAAGCGGGCUCAAAGUGGGCUGGGAGGCGGCGACCCAGCGACCGACGUUUCUGGGCAGAGUUAACGCAGCGGACCGGUCUCCCCAUGGAAAGACGGACCCUCAUCAGGGGAAGGAAAAUUUUCAAAUCGACCUUUGGAAACUCGUUUCUUUUCUCUCUCCUUUUUCCUUUUUUUUUUUUUUGUUUUUGUUUUUGUUUUUGGGUUGGCUUUCUUUUCCUUUGCCAGGGGUUGCCCACGACCUGCAUGUAACUGUUGCGAUAGAGUUAAUCCAAAUCGAAAGAGAACAGUAUUACCAUCAGUUGGUCAACAUGAAUUCUUUUUCAUACCUAAUUCACCGUUUUAAGCUGUCCGCACUCCUCCGUGGGUCGCCCCAUUAACCUCCGUCAGUGUUAUGAGUGUAUAAAAAAUUUUAAGUACUGAUUCAACGGGAAUGCCUAAAGCGUUAAAAAGCUUACAAAAACUGAACUUUUUUUUUUUUUUUUGGCUUUUAUUUGGCUGCAGGGUAACUUUUUUUUCUUUUUUUAAGUCGUUACUUCGAGUUUAGUUUGAGUAUCAUGUCCUUUGGCGAGAAACAGAAAAUGAUGGGAAACCAAGCAGCCCUCUUCUGACCCGCAGCUCGGUUCCAUCCGUGGUACGGGGGGAACGAUCCUCUUUCCCACUCUCUUGGAGGAUCCUGAAGCCUCGCGCGCGCGCUAAGACGGUGAGGAGAAACUGGAGUCAAACCAGAUCUCCAAAGCCGAUGUUGUUCGUUGAGUCUGUUGCCUCUUCUGUAAGACUUUCAAGCGAGCAGGCAAGGGCCAGGAGAGCCAGAAACUGCACAUCAUCACCCCUUCCCUCUCUCCUCCCUCCCUUUCCCCCCAUUCCCCGGGAGGGCAAUGCAUCCAGCACGGAGAGCCGGCUAUCGGAGCAUAUUUAGCUGGUAUUUACCUUUACCCUUACCACUUCUCCAUCCACAAGUCUCCCGACUGCGGCAGAACCGGCGACUCUUAAAAAGCUCCGCGACCUCCUGCGGGUGCAUUGCGGGGGAAUCAGGCUGGGGGAGAGGAGGAACCGAGAAAGUCACCGUCGCUGUUGAUCUUGUUACUUGUAAUUUUCUUUUUUUUUGGACGAGUUAGAAAGCCGCACCAAAUGAUUUGCGUAGUUUUCUUGGAUCGCUUCAAGAGCUGUCUGGAUUUAAGAAACGGAAAUGGGGGGCGGGGGGGGGGGAUUUUUUCGCAGAUUUUUUUUUUGAAAUCUUUAUUGUGAAUAAUGCUUUUUUGUAUUUAUGAACAUCAGGUUCACCUAUGAAUAAACUUGAUAAUGGAAACAGAAAAAUAAUCAAGUGAGUGUGUCCCUGAUUUUUCUCAAUUUAAUCACCAAGAAAUGGGGGUACUGGUUCUUUGGACCGUGAUAUUGACAUGAUUAAAAGAUGUCAAGCCGAGAGAGAAAAUAUCAUUGGCAAGGAUGUCUUCCUGUACGAGGCUAAAAUUCUCUCUACCUCUUCAGGGUGAUUACUUUUUCCUGAGCUGCUGUCCAUAGUGUCUUGGGGGGAACUGGCAUAAAGGUGUUUUUGAAGGGGUUUUUUUUUUUUGUUUAUUUUUCAAUUUCUACUCGUCAAUCAAGGUCCCUUUUCUUUAACGUGCAGCCAAAUAUCAUAAACUACUAAUACACUUUUUAGCUAGUUUGAGUGCAAGGCAAAUUGGCUGAAUGUGGUGUUCCUCUGAUACCUGCAAUUAUGCAUCUUGAUUUUUGGGUUUUUUUUUCUUUUUUUUUCCCCACCUUGGUGUAAAGUGAAUUUGCCGGAGAGUUGAGACAUGGUUAUUAGCCAAGCGAUUUGCUGUUGUUGCAGAGGUGUAGUUUUGUUUAAUUGAAUAAAAUUGUAGAAAUGUAUGUAAAAACUUUAAAAAAAAGGCAAAAUAUGUCAUUACUUGUCAUUGACCUUCCCUCCCUUCUUCCCCUUUUUCUUUUUUAGCAAUUGCAUCAGGAAAAUAGUGUCUCCCCCUCCUCCUUCCUGCAUAUGUAACAUUCUUGUUGUUUUCUACUGUUAAUGACAUUGUGUAUUUAUAGUUCUCCGCUUACCAUUGUGCAUAUACUGGCAAUAAAAAUGUACAUAACAUUACUUGAAAAAAAUGAAUAAGGUUAGACCAGC